AUGACAACUAAAGAAAAUACAUCUCAAUUCCCACCAUCGACAGCCGACACCUACAAACAAUUCACAGCGGCACGAGCAACCCCAACCGAGCGUGAGAAUGGCGACUGCACAUUGCAGGUCGAUGAUUUGAAUAAGGAAUUUGUCAAUCACGACCAAGCAGAAGCAGAUGAGAGUGGGAACGAUGAUCCCAAGCUUAGCACUCCUGUGCAGCGCAAGCGGAGAUCUUAUCGGAAAUGGUACAUCUGCGGUGGUGUUAGUAUUGUGGUUCUUUUGAUUGUUAUUAUUGUGCCCUUGACAGUUGUUACGAAGCGUUGA